AUGGGAGGAGAGACCUGGGACUCCACCCAGAGCCUGAGUGCCUGCCUGCCCAACCAGGCAAAAACUUGUGAGGAGAUAAAGGCACCCGUGCAGAAAUGCACACAGAGCCUGCGGCACAGCAAGGAGGAUCUGAACAAGAUCAACCAGGCCAUCCAGCGGCUGACCGUGGAGCCCUGUGAACUAGAGAAAGCUAAGGAGCAGCCGGCUCUGCAGGAGGAGGGUGCCUCGGGUAGUGCCAAAGGCAAGCUGGCCUGGCUGGAGGCUGCCCUGCAGCAGGCCAAGCAGGACAUGGUGCGGCAGCUGCGUGAGUACCAGGAGCUGAUGGUUGUCAAGCUGGGCCUGGACUUUGAGAUCGCCACCUACCGCAAGCUGUUGGCGGGCGAGGAGAGCAGGCUUGGUCUGGGAUUUGGGGCAGGGAGCGUCCCCCCCGGCAGCAGCGUUCCUGCCAGCGGGCCCGGGCCCCGCCCGGACUCCCGCCCUAGCGCCCUGGAGACGAGCGCCCCUGGCGGCGGUUGCGCGCUCUGCGGCUCCGCCGGCUGUGCUGGGGACUUGAGCUGCGGCGGCCCCAGCGGAUGUUGA